CUUUCACUUGAUUGUGCGAUGUGUUCCGAACGGUUUGUUUUUUCUGUGAUUUGAGAAACAAUGAGAGGAGUUGCAAGAAAACGUAGUUUUGAUAGAACAGUGGUUAAGAAAUGCCCAAAAUGUGAAAAACAGAUUCCCGUUGCUUGUAAGUUUUGUACCUGUGGUCAUCAGUUCUGGUCAAAGAAGUUUCCAACUAUAAUAUCAGGAUCACCAGACAAUAAAUCACCUACAGGUCGAGUAAGGCGGACGGAGCGAACCAGAAGAGACAGUCAGAGACCGGACUAUUUUAACUCUGUGGUCAUAGACACUCAGUCCAAAAGGGGAAGAAGAAAGUCCCAGUCGUUAGUUGCUCACCAUGUACAAGGGGAGAACACUCCUACCCCAGCUAAUUCAGACAGCAGUCCGGUGAAGCGUCGUAGAGGGAGACCCAGGGGAACACCCAAUAAACCCUUGCUACCAGACAGGAACAUCUCAAAAACACCCCCACCACCCUCUCCCCCACCCGUGGAGGAAGACAUGCAUGCAGACCUGCCCCCGGAAAGGAUAAAACAGUUCCAGUACAUACUUAUGGACCUAAAUGCCAAAUAUUGUACACAGAACUUCAACCCAAGCUGAUGCAUGAUUAUCUGUAGAGUAUAUCUAAGAAAAGGUCUAGAAAAACUGUACAGAUUGUUAGAUUUUGUGAUUGAAAGGCAUGUUCUGUUCUUUCAUAGUCAAUAAGUGUUACAUUGGCAAGAAACAUUAACAAAAGAAUGAUGAUGAUAUCUGUAUAUGUCUUUUUAUACACUUAAAACAGUAACAACUGCAAGUAAGAUUUUUUAAAAUGUUGAACUUCAAAUGUAGAGAAUAUAGCAGUUUUUACACACACCAUACUCAACGUUUUAUUACAAUGAAAUGGAUGUUCAAAUACAUUUAUAUAAUAUGGUAUAAAAGUAUAAGCUAGAAGUUGUUUCAUAAUGUUUAUCAUAAACAUAAAGAGUAACAGGUAUAAAAGGAGCAGUUUUAUGAUAAAAGAUCUGAUUUAUACAUGUUUAUACAGAAUGUGUUUUAUUUCACAUGAUGCUGUUUUCACCACAAGAAAGAAGGCCUUAAUUAUACAUUUAAACCUAGUUAUUUCAAACUCUAUGGAACCGAGUAAUAUUUUCAAGAUAUCUGAGGAUUCAAGAAAUGGUAUUACUGAAAUAUUUGUAUGAUAUUGAUAUAGCGACAUGUACCUACAACUAGAAAUUUUUAUUAAAUUCUUUCAGUAUUCA